AUGCAGGCCUGGGACACUAUGGUGGUGACCCUGGCCAUGCUGAUGCCUGCCACUGUGGAUGCCAAGAUCUUCCAACGCUGCGACCUGGCAAUGAAGCUGGAGGAGGUGGGCCUCAAUGGCUUCAAGGGCUACACCAUUGGAGGCUUGCUGUGCAUGGCACACUAUGAAAGUGGCUUUGACACCUCCUUCGUGGACCACAAUCCUGACGGCAGCAGUGCAUAUGGCAUUUUCCAGCUGAACUCCAUCUGGUGGUGUGACAGUGGUGUUACACCUACCCAGAACCUCUGUCACAUGGAGUGUCAUGAACUGUUCAACCGCCAUAUUCUGGAUGACAUCAUGUGUGCCAAGCAGAUAGUGUCCUCACAAAACAGUAUGAAUACCUGGGAUUCUUGGAGCCAGCACUAUUCUGGCCAUGAUUUAUCUGAAUGGCUCAAGGGGUGUCAUAUGUAUGCAAAACCUUACACAACAGAAAUUAAUUCAUGA